AUGGCGGACUUUAUACGUUGGACAUAUCCAGAUUAUUUAUUAUACUGUAAUUUUAAUGAUAACACUAAGCCACUAUGUGAUUGGAAACAAUACUAUGGAAGUGAUGAUCAUGGAGACUGGAUCAGAGCUAAAUUAAGCACUCCAACAACAGACACCGGCCCAGAUGGAGACUUUCCCGAUGGAUUUGGGUAUUAUCUCUAUCAAGAAGCAACCAACCUAAUCCCAGGUGAUAAAGUAAAGCUUGACAGCAGGCUCCUGGCCAUCAACGGGGAUGUAUGUAUAGAUUUCUGGUACCACAUGUAUGGCUCUGAAAAUGAGAACCAGCUCAACGUCAUUGUCAAGGAUGACACUGCUUCAUACAUUGUUUGGCAAAGAACGGGACAACAAGGAUCUGACUGGUUGUAUGGCUCAGUCUCUUUUUCUGUAACAAGGGGAACUGAUAUUCAGGUCUCCUUUGAAGCUGUUCGAGGUUUGACAGAAUUUGGAGACACAGCCAUCGACAAUAUUGGAGUGAAGAGAGGACCUUGUGAACCAAGAGCAACUGAAGCUCCCAGUUCAACUAUUACACCAACUCCUCCAACGGCAUCAAAGCCGACCUCUCCUCCAGAAGUAUCGGGAGGAACAUGUAGCGGUUAUGGUGAUCCUCAUUACUUCACCUUUGAUAACUAUGCCCAUACCUUCAUGGGAAACUGCACUUACACACUGACAAAACUGUGCGAGGUCAAUAGCACUUUGCCAUACUUCAAUGUAGAAGUUGAUCAUGAGUACAGAGGAGGACUCACACAUGUGUCCUAUGUGAAAGGAGUCACAGUCUAUGUUCACAGCUACCAAAUCAGUCUAGGAAAACAGAAGGUGGUAAAGGUCAAUGGACAGGUCCAGCUGCUGCCAUUGAGUUUAACUCCGGAUAUAUUUAUUGGCUUCAGUGGGCAGUAUGCUGCUAUCACAGCUGCAUUUGGCCUACAAGUAAAAUAUGAUGGAGAUCACAGGGUAGAAGUUACUUUAUCCAGAGCCUACAGAAAUAAAGUAUGUGGAAUUUGUGGCAAUUUUAAUUUAAUAAAAAAUGAUGAUAAUAUCAACCCUGAUGGACUUGAAGAGGCAAACUCUGUAAGCUAUGGGAACAGCUGGCAAGUUGGCAGUGAUACCAGUUGUUUACCGGCCUCUGUAGUCAAACCUUCAUGUUCACUGGAGGAAAUAAGUGUCAUUCAGAGCAAUCAAUCUUGUGGCAUGAUGCUUCCCUUUGACGGCAUAUUCCAAGACUGCCAUACUAUAGUAGAUCCUCGGGCAUACUUUGAACAUUGUUUCCAUGACAUGUGUGAACUUCAUCUAGACCCAGACAUCCUCUGUAAUCAUCUUCAAGCAUAUACAGAUGCUUGUCAUGCUGCAGGAGCCAACACAUUUCCAUGGAGAAAUUCAACUUUUUGCCCCCUGAAUUGUCCACCACACAGUCACUAUGAGCCUUGCGGCACUGCCUGUCCAGCCACUUGUGUUAACCCAGCAUCACCAUCCUCCUGCUCUCUGCCAUGCACUGAAGGAUGUAUUUGUGACCCGGGCUAUGUCCUCUAUAAUAAUAAGUGUGUUGCAAGUGACCAGUGUGGAUGUUGGGAAGAUGGAAAACAUUACCCAGUAGGUUCUGAAUUCUGGACUGAUGAUUCAUGUUCUACAAAAUGUAGCUGCCUAUCAGCAGGAGGCAGCUUAGUGUGUAACUCUGCUUCAUGUGUAUCUGGGCAGUUUUGUGAUGUGCAGAACGGAGUCCUUGACUGCUAUGAUUAUAGCUUUGGUGAAUGUACAAUCUAUGGGGACCCGCACUACAACACAUUUGAUAAACAAGUAAUCCACUUUAUGGGUACAUGUACCUAUACCCUCUCCAAGACUUGCAAUCCCAAUUUGUAUUUGCCUCAUUUUAAUAUUGAAGCCAAGAACGAGCAUCGUGGGAACCCAACUGUGUCUUGGAUAAAAAGCGUUACAGUAGAGGUUGCCAUCUAUAAAAUAACAAUGGUGAAAAAUGAGCCCAGCAGAGUUUUGGUUGACGGAAUCUGGACUAAUCUGCCAGUAACACUACUUUACAGAGGAACCGAUAUAUAUUAUGUGCAUGUCUCCAGUAGUGGUAGAUAUAUUGUUCUAGAAACUAAUUUCUACCUCACAGUCUCUUACGAUACUGAUCAUACUGUAUCUAUAAGGUUGAUAAAUUACUACUAUAACAUGACAUGUGGACUGUGUGGAAAUUUUAAUGGCAUUCAACAUGAUGACUUCUUGAUGCCCAAUGGACAGUUGGCACAAAACUCAAAUCAGCUAGGAGAUAGCUGGAAGGUGGAAGAUGAUGACCCAUUGUGUAACAUAGUUACCCCUACACCACCACCACCAUGUUCACCAGAGAAUGAGGAACUUUAUGGAAGUGAUGCUUUCUGUGGUCUGUUAAAAAAUAAGCAUGGACCAUUCCAAGCAUGCAUAUCAGUAAUCAAUCCUGAACGCUUCUUUGAUAGCUGUGUGUUUGAUCUCUGUGCACUCGGAGAUGAGACUUUGUGUAAAGCAAUAGAGGCCUAUGCUGAUGCCUGUCAAAGGGCUGGAGUUGCUGUUGUCUGGCGAAACAGUUCUUUUUGCCCUAUUGCAUGUCCUGCAAACAGUCACUAUAAUGGAUGUGGCAGUGCUUGUCCAGCCACCUGCUUAGAUCAGAAUGCACCAGACUACUGCAAUAAACCAUGUACUGAUGGUUGUGAAUGUGAUAGUGGCUUUGUUCUCAGUGGAAGCACUUGCGUUCCUGUCAGUGACUGUGGAUGUAGUUAUGAAGACAGAUACUAUCAGAAAAAUGAAGCGUUCUGGGGAGGGGAAUGUGAGAGAUAUUGCCAAUGUGUAGGUAACAAUCAGGUGACCUGCAUAGAGCAGUCUUGUGGACCUAAUGAAAUCUGCAAAGUUCAAAAUGGCGUCAAGACUUGCGUGGCAGCAAACACGGCCAUCUGCCAUAUUUACGGAGAUCCUCACUAUAUAACUUUUGAUGGAAAACUGUAUCAUUUCCAAGGAGCUUGCAAUUACACAGUAGUGGAGACCUGCGGAAACUCAUCAUCUGCAAACUUCUCAGUCACGACAAGGAAUGAACACAGAGGAAACCCUUCCUGGACAGCAAUAAAUUCAGUUUCUGUUCGGAUCAAUGACCUUUAUAUCACAUUGGCGAAACAUAAAGUUGUGGAGGUAAAUGGAAACAUUAUGAUAUUGCCUGUGACCUCAAUACCUGGCGUCAACAUACAGUUGAGUGGUGCUUUCGUUGUCUUACAAACUGACUUUGGACUUGAAGUUAAAUUUAACGGAGAUCAUGAACUUAUUGUCAAAGUGAAUGAGAAAUAUAAGGAACAACUGUGUGGUCUCUGUGGCACCUACAAUGGUAAUCAGCUGGAUGAUUUUCUAACUCCAGAAGGCUUAAUACUAUCUGAUUCCAAUGACUUUGGAAAAAGCUGGCGUGUUGCCGAUGAUAACUGGAUCUGUGAAGAUGAUAUUGUUGAUCCCCCGCCUUGUGAUCCUGCAUUGGAAAUCAAAUAUGAAGAUGAAUGUAGAGUCAUCUUGUCAGGCAGUGGUCCUUUUAAGAACUGUCAUUACCUCAUUCUACCACAGUUAUAUUUCGAGAACUGUGUGUAUGAUCUCUGUGCCACCGGAGGAAGCCAAGAUCAAUUCUGCAAUGCACUAGAGUCUUAUGCUGCUGCCUGUGAAAGUGCAGGAGUCACGGUUGGAGACUGGAAAGAAGACACCAUAUGUAAAGUACCAACUACUACUCCCGUGACACCAGCUUCUCCACCAACUACCGGUUCAUGUGAAGUCAAUGGAGAUCCUCAUUAUUACACAUUUGAUAACCAGGUUCACCACUUUAUGGGAACCUGCACCUACACUCUUUCCAAGCUCUGUGAACAUAAUGGAAAUCAAGCUAUCUUCAAUGUGGAGGCAGCUAAUGAGCACAGAGGCGGAAACAGUAGAGUGUCCUAUGUGAAGUAUGUGAACGUGGACGUGCAUGGAUACAGGAUCACACUGGAGAAGGACAGGGUAGUCAAGGUGAAUGGAAACAUUGUGACCUUACCAAAAACUCUAGUGCCAGGUAUUAAUAUAUUCCUGAGUGGACAUGAUGUUCUGGUCACAACAAUAUUUGGCCUGAAUGUGAGAUUUGAUGGCAACCAUAGAGUGGUAGUGACUAUUCCAAAUGAAUAUGCAAAUAAAGUUUGUGGACUCUGUGGUAAUUUCAAUGGGAAUAAGACUGAUGACUUCCUAAACCCAGAUGGAGAACUAGAGCCGGACUCCAACAGCCUUGGUAACAGUUGGCAAGUGGAGAAUGACACCAGAUGUACAACCGGACCAGAAAUUCAGCCAAACUGCACAGAUGAUGAUAAGAUCACCAUAGCAAGUAACAGCUUCUGUGGAAUAAUCACUGACAAGAACGGUCCAUUUAAAAAUUGCCAUGGAGUGGUGGAUCCUCUGGUGUACUUUAAUAACUGCGCAUAUGACUUGUGUGAACUGAAUCUGGAUCCUGGUACCCUUUGUGAGAGUCUUCAGUCUUAUACACAGGCUUGUCAAUCUCAUGGAAUCUCAAUAUAUCCCUGGAGAAAUGAAACUUUCUGUCCACUGAAGUGUCCACCAAACAGCCACUAUGAACUCUGUGACAAUGCCUGCCCAGCUACUUGUGUCAAUCCAGCAUCUCCAUCCACAUGUUCUCUUCCGUGUUCAGAGGGUUGUGCUUGUGAUCCAGGCUAUGUCCUUUAUAACAAAAUGUGUGUUCCAAGAAGCCAGUGCGGUUGCUGGGAAGAUGGAAAACAUUACCCUGUAGGCUCAGAUUUCUGGACAGAUGACACAUGUACAAAGAAAUGCAGAUGUCCCUCAGCAGGAGGUAGUUUAAUCUGUGAACCAGCAUCAUGUCCAGAUGGAAAAUAUUGUGGUAUAGAAAAUGGAAAACCUGGCUGUCAAGAUCUUUCAUUUGGUAACUGUGUCGUUUAUGGAGAUCCUCAUUAUAACACCUUUGAUAAGCAAACUCACCACUUCAUGGGAAUAUGUACCUAUACCAUCUCAAAGCUUUGCAGCAACUCUACUUCUCUUCCGUAUUUCAAUAUUGAAGGGAAGAACGAACAUCGUGGAAAUCCAACUGUAUCAUGGAUUCGGAGCGUUAUGGUAGAAGUUUAUGACUAUAAAAUAACAAUAGAGAAAAAUGAACCCAGUAGAGUUUUGGUAAAUGGAAUCUGGACAAAUCUGCCAAUAAGCUUAGUGAAUGGAUCCCUAGUAGUAACAAGAAGUGGUAGAUACGUUAUUUUGGAGACUGAUUUCCACCUCACAGUUUCCUAUGACACUGAUCAUACUCUUGAUGUGAAAGUACCAACUACUUAUUAUAAUCUGACCUGUGGAAUGUGUGGUAACUUGAAUAAUAAUCCACGUGAUGACUUCUUGAUGCCCAAUGGACAGUUGGCACAAAACUCUUAUCAGUUGGGAAAUAGCUGGCAGGUGGAAGAAGAUGAUGAUCCAUUGUGUAACCCAGUUCCCCCUACACCACCACCACCAUGUCCACCAGAGAAUGAGGCACUUUAUGGAAGUGAUGCUUUCUGUGGCUUGUUAACAAAUAAGAAUGGACCAUUCAAGGCUUGCCACUCAGUAAUCAAUCCUGAACGCUUCUUUGACAGCUGUGUGUUUGAUCUCUGUGCACUCGGAGAUGAGACUUUGUGUAAAGCAAUAGAGGCCUAUGCUGAUGCCUGUCAAAGAGCUGGAGUUGUCAUUGCUUGGCGAAAUUCUUCUUUUUGUCCACUCCAAUGUCCUGCAAACAGUCACUAUAAUGGAUGUGGCAGUGCUUGUCCAGCCACCUGCUUAGAUCAGAAUGCACCAAACAACUGCAAUAAGCCAUGUACUGAUGGUUGUGAAUGUGAUAGUGGCUUUGUUCUCAGUGGAAGUACUUGUGUUUCUGUCAACGACUGCGGAUGCUUUUAUGAUGACAAAUACUACCAGAAAAAUGAAGUGUUCUGGAAAGGGGAAUGUGUAAGUCUCUGCACAUGUGAAGGAAACAAUCUUGUAAAAUGUGUAGAUCAGACAUGUCCCCCUAAUGAGGUUUGUCAGGUCCAGAAUGGAGUGAAGACCUGUGCUCCCAAGGCCACCACCUCAACUACUACGACCACAACAACCACAACCAAACUCCCACCAACACCAGACGUCUGUGAUCUGGAUUGUUCUUUUGACGUUAAUCUAUGUAACUGGAAGCAGGCAGUAAAUGAUGAUAUGGACUGGAUACGCUGGAGUGGUGCAACUCCGUCUGCUUUUACUGGACCAAGUUUUGACCACACAACUGGAGGUGGAUACUAUCUGUACAUUGAUGGACGUAAUUCAUAUCAUGGAAAUAUAGCAAGGUUGGAGAGUCCUGCAAACUGUGUCACUGGAAAAAACUGUUUGCGCUUCUGGUACCAUAUGUAUGGAGCUGCAGACUAUAUGCAAUUGCGAGUGUCUGUUUUAACAGAAGAUGGCUUAGAAGUCAUGUUUGACAUGAUGGGUAAUGCUGGAGAUGUGUGGCGUUUAGAAGAAAUUUUCUUACCAGGCAUUGAAAUCCAAAAGGUUAGCAAGAUGCAGAGAAAGGAGGAGCUGGAUGUUCCUAAUGACAUUCUCUAUUCAAUAUUAUAUGAUGUGGAAAAGAAGGAAAAGCAGAUGGCAGGAGAAGGGCUCCCAUCUGUAGGCCAGGAGAGUGCUGGGGUUGAAACAAUCUUUAUUGAAGGUAUUAGAGGGGAAGACUUCCGCAGUGAUGUGGCCAUUGAUGACAUCUCUCUUGUGCCAGGUUAUUGUACAGGGACAACAACCACCUCCACAACUACUACCACCAGCAAAACUACUACUGCCACUCCCACCACAACAACUACUCCUCCAGUUUCCAGUGCACCCUUAGGUCAACCAGGUUCAUGUGAAGUCAAUGGAGAUCCACAUUAUUACACCUUUGAUAACCAGGUUCACCAUUUUAUGGGAACCUGCACCUACACUCUUUCCAAACUGUGCGAACAUAAUGGAAAUCAAGCUAUCUUCAAUGUGGAAGCAGCUAAUGAGCACAGAGGAGGAAAUACACGAGUAUCCUAUGUCAAGUAUGUGAACGUGGAUGUGCAUGGAUACAGGAUCACACUGGAGAAGAACAGGGUAGUCAAGGUGAAUGGAAACAUUGUGACCUUACCAGAAACUCUAGUACCAGGUAUUAAUAUAUUCCUGAGUGGACAUGAUGUUCUGGUCACAACAGCAUUUGGCCUAAAUGUGAGAUUCGAUGGCAACCAUAGAGUGGUAGUGACUAUUCCACAUGAAUAUACAAACAAAGUUUGUGGACUCUGUGGUAAUUUCAACGGGAAUAAGACUGAUGACUUCCUAAACCCAGAUGGAGAACUAGAGCUCGACUCCAACAGCCUUGGUAACAGUUGGCAAGUGGACAAUGACACCAGAUGUACAACCGGACCAGAAAUUCAACCAAACUGCACUGACGAUGAGAAGAACACCAUAGCAAGUAACAGCCUCUGUGGAAUAAUCACUGACAAGAACGGUCCAUUCAAAAAUUGCCAUGGAGUGGUGGAUCCUCUGGUGUACUUUAAUAACUGCGCAUAUGACUUGUGUGAACUGAAUCUGGAUCCUGGUACCCUUUGUGAGAGUCUUCAGUCCUAUACACAGGCUUGUCAAUCUCAUGGAAUCUCAAUAUAUCCCUGGAGAAAUGAAACUUUCUGUCCACUGAAGUGUCCACCAAACAGCCACUAUGAACUCUGUGACAUUGCCUGCCCAGCUACUUGUGUCAAUCCAGCAUCUCCAUCCACAUGUUCUCUUCCGUGUUCAGAGGGUUGUGCUUGUGAUCCAGGCUAUGUUCUUUAUAACAAAAUGUGUGUUCCAAGAAGCCAGUGCGGUUGCUGGGAAGAUGGAAAACAUUACCCUGUAGGCUCAGAUUUCUGGACAGAUGACACAUGUACAAAGAAAUGCAGCUGUCCCUCAGCAGGAGGUAGUUUAAUCUGUGAACCAGCAUCAUGUCCAGAUGGAAAAUAUUGUGGUAUAGAAAAUGGAAAACCUGGCUGUCAAGAUCUUUCAUUUGGUAACUGUGUCGUUUAUGGAGAUCCUCAUUAUAACACCUUUGAUAAGCAAACUCACCACUUCAUGGGAAUAUGUACCUAUACCAUCUCAAAGCUUUGCAGCAACUAUACUUCUCUUCCGUAUUUCAAUAUUGAAGGGAAGAACGAACACCGUGGAAAUCCAACUGUGUCGUGGAUUCAGAGCGUUAUGGUAGAAGUUUAUGACUAUAAAAUAACAAUGGAGAAAAAUGAGCCCAGUAGAGUUUUGGUAAAUGGAAUCUGGACAAAUCUGCCAAUAAGCUUAGUGAAUGGAUCCCUAGUGGUAACAAGAAGUGGUAGAUACGUUAUUUUGGAGACUGAUUUCCACCUCACAGUUUCCUAUGACACUGAUCAUACUCUUGAUGUGAAAGUACCAACUACUUAUUAUAAUCUGACCUGUGGAAUGUGUGGUAACUUGAAUAAUAAUCCACGUGAUGACUUCUUGAUGCCCAAUGGACAGUUGGCACAAAACUCUAAUCAGUUGGGAAAUAGCUGGCAGGUGGAAGAUGAUGAUGAUCCAUUGUGUAACCCAAUUCCCCCUACACCACCACCACCAUGUCCACCAGAGAAUGAGGAACUUUAUGGAAGUGAUGCUUUCUGUGGCCUGUUAACAAAUAAGAAUGGACCAUUCAAGGCUUGCCACUCAGUAAUCAAUCCUGAACGCUUCUUUGAUAGCUGUGUGUUUGAUCUCUGUGCACUCGGAGAUGAGACUUUGUGUAAAGCAAUAGAGGCCUAUGCUGAUGCCUGUCAAAGAGCUGGAGUUGUUAUUGCUUGGCGAAAUUCUUCUUUCUGUCCACUCAAAUGUCCUGCAAACAGUCACUAUAAUGGAUGUGGCAUUGCUUGUCCAGCCACCUGCUUAGAUCAGAAUGCACCAGACAACUGCAAUAAGCCAUGUACUGAUGGUUGUGAAUGUGAUAGUGGCUUUGUACUGAGUGGAAGCACUUGUGUUCCUGUCAGUGACUGUGGAUGCUUUUAUGAUGACAAGUACUACCAGAAAAAUGAAGUGUUCUGGAAAGGGGAAUGUGUAAGUCUCUGCACAUGUGAAGGAAACAAUCUUGUGAACUGCGUAGAUCAGACAUGUCCCCCUAAUGAGGUUUGUCAGGUCCAGAAUGGAGUGAAGACCUGUGCUCCCAAGGCCACCACCACAACUACUACGACCACAACAACCACAACCAAACUCCCACCAACACCAGGACAAUCAACAACCACCCCUGCAACUACUACUACUCCAAGAACUACCAGUCAACCCAUAGCUCCACCAGGUUCAUGUGAAGUCAAUGGAGAUCCUCAUUAUUACACCUUUGAUAACCAGGUUCACCAUUUUAUGGGAACCUGCACCUACACUCUUUCCAAACUGUGCGAACAUAAUGGAAAUCUAGCUAUCUUCAAUGUGGAAGCAGCUAAUGAGCACAGAGGAGGAAAUACACGAGUAUCCUAUGUCAAGUAUGUGAAUGUGGAUGUGCAUGGAUACAGGAUCACACUGGAGAAGAACAGGGUAGUCAAGGUAAAUGGAAACAUUGUGACCUUACCAGAAACUCUAGUACCAGGUAUUAAUAUAUUCCUGAGUGGACAUGAUGUUCUAGUCACAACAGCAUUUGGCCUAAAUGUGAGAUUCGAUGGCAACCAUAGAGUGGUAGUGACUAUUCCACAUGAAUAUGCAAACAAAGUGUGUGGACUCUGUGGUAAUUUCAACGGGAAUAAGACUGAUGACUUCCUAAACCCAGAUGGAGAACUAGAGUCUGACUCCAACAGCCUUGGUAACAGUUGGCAAGUGGAGAAUGACACCAUGUGUACUCCUGGGCCAGAUGUUCCACCUGACUGCACUGAUGAUGAAAAAGUUAUUAUUGCCGGCAACAGCUUCUGUGGAAUCAUCACUGACAAAAAUGGUCCAUUUAAAGACUGUCAUGAUGUUGUAGAUCCUCUGGUCUACUUUAAUAACUGUUUGUAUGACCUGUGUGAAUUAAAUCUGGAUCCUGGAGCCCUGUGUGACAAUCUGCAGUCCUAUGUACAGUCCUGUCAGUCUAAUGGAGCUGUGAUUCAUCCAUGGAGAAAUGACACUUUUUGCCCUAUCAAAUGUCCACCAAACAGCCAUUUUGAACAGUGUGGGUCAGCCUGUCCAGCUACCUGCAGGAGUCCAGGAUCUCCAUCUAAAUGCAAUCUGCCUUGCACAGAAUCAUGUAUAUGUGACCCCGGGUAUGUUUUGUACAACAAGAAAUGUGUGCCCAGUCUUCACUGCGGAUGUUGGGAAAAUGAUAAGCAUUAUCCUGUAGGAUCUGAAUUUUGGAAAGAUGACACCUGCUCCACAAAAUGUAGAUGUCCUUCACCUGGAAGCAGUUUAAUCUGUAACAGUGACAGUUGUCCAAGUAGCCAGUACUGUUCAGUGACUAACGGAAAUCCUGAAUGUGUGUAUUACACGUAUGGUGUCUGCAGAGUACACAAUGACCCUCAUUAUGAGACUUUUGAUAGACAGACCCACCACUUCAUGGGUCUGUGCACAUAUACUCUCACAAAGUUAUGCAACAACUCCUCAUCACUUCCAUAUUUUAAUGUGGAAGCAAAGAAUGUACACAGAGGAAAUCCAUCUGUCUCCUAUGUGCAGAGAGUGCUUGUUGAAGUUUAUGGCUACAGAAUAGAGAUUCUGAACAAAGAAAAAUCUCGCAUUUUGGUCAAUGAUAUUUGGACUAAUCUUCCAGUCAUUUUGAAUGGAGGUGCAGUGAAAGUGGCUAUAAGUGGAAGAUAUGUGGUUCUAGAGACUGAUUUCAAACUUAAAGUUUCUUAUGACACUGAUCAUACUGUGGAAGUGAAAUUACCCAACACAUUCUCAAAUGAAGUUUGCGGUAUGUGCGGUAACUUCAACAACAAGAGACCAGAUGACUUCCUGAUGCCAAAUGGACAGUUGGCCCAGAAUUCUAAUGAAUUAGGAAAUAGUUGGAUUGUCUAUGACAAAUAUGAUCCAUCAUGUACAGAUGGACCAACUCCACCUCCACCCACCACGUGUCCUCCAGAGAAAGAAAACCUGUAUGAAAGUGAUACAUUCUGUGGUUUACUAACAAGUAAAGAUGGCCUGUUUAACAUAUGUCACGCUGUAGUCGAUCCUGACAGCUUCUUUGAAAGCUGUGUGUUUGAUCUCUGUGCUUUAGAUGGAGGCAAAGAUGUUUUGUGUAGUGCCUUACAAGCAUAUGCUGAUGCCUGUCAAAAACAAGGAGUCACCAUUCCAAACUGGAGAAACAUAACAUCAUGUGGGGGUCAAGACUGUCCAGGUAACAGCCAGUACAAUGAAUGUAUGACCGCAUGUCCCGCUACCUGCCUGGACCCACAUGCUCCAGAGAAAUGCAGCGCUCCUUGUGUGGAAGGGUGUGAAUGUAAUAAUGGUUAUAUCCUCAGUGGAGGAAGUUGCAUUUCUGAAGCACAAUGUGGAUGUUGGUACAAUGGCCAAUAUUACAAUAGAGACGAUGAGUUCAUUGAAGGAAACUGUGAGAGAAGAUGUCAGUGUCAAGAAAACAAUAUUGUGUCUUGUCUACCAAUGUCUUGUCCAGAAGAUGAAAUCUGCAAGGUACAAGAUGGUUUACUGGGCUGCUACCAACCAAGCACAGCAAUCUGCCAUAUUUAUGGAGACCCCCAUUACUCUACAUUUGAUGGCACACUUCAUCACUUCCAAGGAUCGUGUAACUACACUGUGUCGGAGACUUGUGCCAAUACAUCGCACAGCUUUAGUGUCACUACACGCAACGAACAUAGAGGUAACCCAAGCUGGACGGCCAUUAGUUCUGUUGCCCUGACUGUCGACGAUGUACACAUUCUGAUACAGAAGAACAAUAUUGUGCAUGUUAACAAUGCUUUAGUUACUCUUCCUACAAACGUGUCUGGCAUAAGUAUCAUAAAAAGUGGGCAGUAUGUAGUAGUGAAUACCAACUUUGGACUCCAAAUUAAAUUUAAUGGAGAUCAUGAGUUAUUUGUUAUAGUGGAUGAAAGAUACAAAGAUUUAUUAUGUGGUUUAUGUGGCACCUACAAUGACAACCGCCUUGAUGACUUCACAACACCUGAUGGCAGCAUUGCAACUGAUGUCAAUGACUUUGGAAAUAGCUGGCGAGUACCAGAUGAUGGUUGGCCGUGUGACUCAACUCCUCCUCCUCCAUCAACAUGCCUUCCUGACAUACAACAAGAGGCUGAGGCUAAAUGUGAAAUAAUUAAGCUUCUCAAUGGCCCCUUUGCACAGUGUUAUGCUCUCAUACCUCCAUAUCACUACUUUGAGAGUUGUGUGUAUGACCAAUGUGCAACAGAAGGGAAUGAUGAUUAUUUCUGCAGUUCACUAGAGGCUUAUGCUGCAGCAUGUGAAGCAAUAGGAGUAUCUCUUGGUGACUGGAAAAAAGAUACUAACUGUGAAGUAGAAGCAACUUCAGCUCCCCCCACAACAACUACUGCCACCACAACAACUGUGUCACCUACACCAGAUACAUGUGAUAUAAACUGUUCUUUUGAUACUGGAUUCUGUAACUGGAAGCAAUCAAAAAUGGAUAAAUUGGACUGGAUACGCUGGCAAGGUUCAACACCCUCCGAUCUAACAGGGCCUUCAUUUGACCACACAACAGGAAAUGGAUACUAUCUGUACAUUGAUGGGCGUAAUUCAAAUGAGGGAGACCAAGCAAUGUUGGAGAGUCCUGCUGAUUGUUUCACGGGAAGCCAAUGCUUACAGUUCUGGUAUCACAUGUAUGGAGUUGCACAGUACAUGGAGCUAAGAGUCGCUGUUUUAAGAGCAGACGGUUUGGAAUAUGUGAUUAACCUAAUGGGCAAUGCUGGGGAUGUUUGGCGUUUAGAAAAGAUUUUCUUACCAGACAGUGACAUCAUCCAGAUUUUUAUUGAAGGCAUCAUAGGUGAAGAUUUCCGCAGUGAUGUGGCCAUAGAUGACAUAUCUCUUAUCCGGGGAUACUGUGUUGAUGGACCAUCAUCAACUACAAGCACUACAAAACCUUCAACAACCUCUGGUUUUAUCAGUUCAACCCCAAUGGAUACCUCUUCUACUAUAACAACCUCCAGCACCACAACCCCAUUAACUCCUAUACCACCUACCACUGUACUAUCUACCUUGGAAUCGACAACCAUAAUACCAUCAACUUCAGCUUCCACUACAACUGUUCAACUCCCUUCUACAUCUACCACCACUAUCCCAUCCACUCCACCAUCUACUAUAACGGUGUCACCCACUCCUACAUCUACCAUCACUCCAACAUCUACAAUUGUUUCAUCCACUCCAACAUCUACCACCGUAGUCCCAUCUACUCCAACUUCUACAACCACCAGCACGACUAUCCCAUCAACUCCUGCGCCACCUACCACUGUACCAUCCACCCCAGUAUCAACAACAAGAAUCUCAUCAACUUCCACCACAGCUGUUCCAUUAGCUUCUACAUCUACCACUACUAUCGCAUCCACUACUCCAUCCACUAUAACCAUCUCACCCACUCCUACAACUUCAAAUACUCCAACAUCUACAACUGUUUUAUCCACUCCAACAUCUACCACCAACAUCCUAUCUACUACAACUUCUACAGCAAGUAUUUCAUCCGCUUCUACUUCUAGCCAAACACCUACUACAACUGUACCAUCCACUCCAACAUCUACUGCUACUCAAACAUUUACUGUCACAUCUCCCACUAAUGCGCCAUCCAGUCCAACGUCUACUAAGGUUUCAUCAUCCACUCCAACUUCUACCACAACUAACCCAUCUAAACCAACAUCUGCAAUGACUCCUUCAUCUCCAGACAAAUGUAAUAUAGACUGCUCUUUUGAUGCUGGCUACUGUAACUGGAAGCAAUCAAAGGUAGAUCAAAUUGACUGGAUACGCUGGAAAGGUGCUACACCAUCUGAUCUAACUGGACCUUCAUAUGACCACACAACAGGAGAUGGAUACUAUCUCUACAUUGAUGGGCAACAGUCCAAAGAGGGAGACAUGGCAAGGCUGGAGAGUCCUGCUAAUUGUUUCACUGGGCACCACUGCUUGCGCUUCUGGUACCACAUGUAUGGAGUUGCAGACUAUAUGGAACUAAGAGUUGCGGUUUUAAGAGAAGAUGGUUUGGAAUAUGUGACUACCCGAGUGGGCAAUUCUGGCAAUGUGUGGCUGUUAGAAGAGAUUUUCUUGCCAGACAGUGACAUCCUCCAGAUUUUCAUUGAAGGCUACAUAGGUGAAGAUUUCCGCAGUGAUGUGGCCAUAGAUGACAUAUCUCUUAUACCUGGAUAUUGUGAUGGACCAGCAUCAACUACAAGCACCAGCAAGCCAACAACAACAUCUGGAUUUACCUCAUCAAUACUUCCUGACACAUCAUCUUCCAGCACUUCUUCAUUAACUCAUACCUUAACCACUAGCACCACUAUCAAGUCCACAUCUACGUCUACCUCCAGUGUUCCGUCUACACCAACCUCUACUACAAAUAUCUCUCCCACUGCAACCUCUACUGCAACCAUAUCAUCUUCUCCUACAACUACCAGCACUACUUCAGCAACACCUACAUCUACCAUCAGUAUCCAGUCUACUCCAACCUCAACAACAUCUAAGCUGCCAAUAGAAACCUUAACUUCAACUGCAUCACCCUCUCCUACAUCUACCCCCACUAUUUCAUCCACUCAAACCUCUUCCACCAUUAUACCACCCACAUCAACAUCUACUACUACACCAUCUACGUCUGCAUCUACUACUGCUAAAUUAACUGACUCUACCUCAAGUCAAGAAACUCCUACAGUGUUCACUGUAAAUCCACCAUCUUCAACCCCUCCUACAUCUACUUCCACUAUUUCAUCCACUCAAACCUCUUCCACCAUUAUACCACCCACAUCAACAUCUACUACUACACCAUCUAUGUCUGCAUCUUCUUCAACUAUAUCUACUACUGCUAAAUUAACUGACUCUACCUCAAGUCAAGAAACUCCUACAGUGUUCACUGUAAAUCCACCAUCUUCAACCCCUCUUACGUCUACCCCCACUAUUCAAUCCGCUCAAACCUCUUCCACCAUUAUACCACCCACAUCAACAUCUACUACACCAUCUACUUCUUCAACUAUAUCUACUACUGCUAAAUUAACUGACUCUACCUCAAGUCAAGAAACUCCUACAGUGUUCACUGUAAAUCCACCAUCUUCAACCCCUCCUACAUCUACUUCCACUAUUUCAUCCACUCAAACCUCUUCCACCAUUAUAUUACCCACAUCAACAUCUACUACUACACCAUCUACGUCUGCAUCUUCUUCAACUUUAUCUACUACUGCUAAAUUAACUGACUCUACCUCAAGCCAAGAAACUCCUACAGUGUUCACUGUAAAUCCACCAUCUUCAACCCCUCUUACGUCUACCCCCACUAUUCAAUCCACUAAAACCUCUUCCACCAUUAUACCACCCACAUCAACAUCUACUACACCAUCUACUUCUUCAACUAUAUCUACUACUGCUAAAUUAACUGACUCUACCUCAAGCCAAGAAACUCCUACAGUGUUCACUGUAAAUCCACCAUCUUCAACCCCUCCUACAUCUACUUCCACUAUUUCAUCUACUCAAACCUCUUCUACCAUUAUACCACCCACAUCAACAUCUACUACUACACAAUCUACAUCUGCAUCUUCUUCAACUAUAUCGACUACUGCUAUAUUAACUGUCUCUACCUCAAGCCAAGAAACUCCUACAGUGUUCACUGUAAAUCCACCAUCUUCAACCCCUCCUACAUCUACUUCCACUAUUUCAUCCACUCAAACCUCUUCUACCAUUAUACCACCCACAUCAACAUCUACUACUACACAAUCUACAUCUGCAUCUUCUUUAACUAUAUCGACUACUGCUAUAUUAACUGACUCUACCUCAAGCCAAGAAACUCCUACAGUGUUCACUGUAAAUCCACCAUCUUCAACCCCUCUUACGUCUACCCCCACUAUUAAAUCCACUCAAACCUCUUCCACCAUUAUACCACCCACAUCAACAUCUACUACACCAUCUACUUCUUCAACUAUAUCUACUACUGCUAAAUUAACUGACUCUACCUCAAGCCAAGAAACUCCUACAGUGUUCACUGUAAAUACACCAUCUUCAACCCCUCCUACAUCUACUUCCACUAUUUCAUCCAUUCAAACCUCUUCCACCAUUAUACCACCCACAUCAACAUCUACUACUACACCAUCUACGUCUGCAUCUUCUUCAACUUUAUCUACUACUGCUAAAUUAACUGACUUUACCUCAAGUCAAGAAACUCCUACAGUGUUCACUGUAAAUCCACCAUCUUCAACUCCUCUUACGUCUACCCCCACUAUUCAAUCCACUCAAACCUCUUCCACCACUAUACCACCCACAUCAACAUCUACUACACCAUCUACUUCUUCAACUAUAUCUACUACUGCUAUAUCAACUGACUCUACCUCAAGCCAAGAAACUCCUACAGUGUUCACUGUAAAUCCACCAUCUUCAGCUACAAUCACCGCACUGCCAAUUGUUUCAGCUACUACAGUUAUCCCAUCUACAACAACUAAAAGCACCAUAACUGCAACAGGUUCUACUCAAACAACAACGAUCGCAACUCCUUUUGUGCCAACAGAUUCUGGUAUUUGUGAAGUUAGUGGAGAUCCACACUACUACACCUUUGAUAAUCAGGUUCACAACUUUAUGGGCACUUGCACUUACACUCUAUCUAAACUCUGUGAAGAUGAAAGCAGCCUAACAGACUUCAACGUGGAAGCAGCAAAUGAGAACAGAGGAGGCAACACCAGAGUCUCAUAUGUGAAAUAUGUAAAUGUAUAUGUCUAUGCACACAAGAUUACACUCGAGAAAAACAGAGUAGUCAAGGUUAAUGGACAGAAAGUGACACUGCCAAUUCAGCUGCCACCCGAUGUAGAUGUAUUCAUCAGUGGUAGCAAUGUUAUGGUAACAACAGGCUUUGGAUUGAUAGUGAAGUUUGAUGGGAACCAUAAAGUCCAAGUAUCCAUCCCAGGAAACUACUCUGGUAAAGUCUGUGGACUUUGUGGAAAUUUCAACGGCAAUGCCAAAGAUGAUUUCCUAAAUCCGGAUGGUGUAUUAGAACCAAAUUCAAACAGCCUUGGAAACAGUUGGCAGGUUGAUAAUGACACAAGAUGUACUCCAGGAGUUGACCAUCCAGCUAAUUGUACCGAUGACGACAAAAACAACAUUGUCAGCAAUGGCUUCUGUGGGAUUAUCACUGAUAAGGAGGGUCCAUUCAAAAAUUGCCAUAAUGUUAUCAGUCCUCUAGUAUACUUUGAUAACUGUGUAUAUGAUUUGUGUGAAACCAACCUGGAUAAGGAGAUUCUGUGUGAUAGCCUUCAAGCUUAUGCUGAGUCCUGUCAGUCUAAUGGUGUUACAAUAGAAGCUUGGAGAAAUGACACUUUCUGUCCACUGAAUUGUCCUCCAAACAGUCACUAUGAACAAUGUGGAACUGCCUGCCCAGCUACCUGCGUCAACCCAGGAGCCCCAUCCACCUGUACUCUGCCGUGUACUGAAUCCUGUAUAUGUGAUCCAGGCUUUGUCCUUUAUGGCAAUAAAUGUGUUCCAGAUGACAAAUGCGGAUGCUGGGAUGAUGAUACGUAUCAUCCUGUAGACUCAGAAUUCUGGACAGAUGAUACUUGUUCCAUAAAAUGCAGAUGUCCAUCAGCUGGGAGUGGCCUAGUGUGCAGCCCUGACUCUUGUCCCAGCAACCAGUAUUGUGGAAUUUCAAAUGGUGUACCUGGUUGCCACUACUUCACAUAUGGCAUUUGUCGUGUUCAUAAUGAUCCUCAUUAUGACACUUUUGACAGACUGAAUCACAACUUUAUGGGUCUAUGCACAUACACGCUUGCAAAACUUUGCAACAAUUCUUCUUCUCCACAGUAUUUCAAUAUUCAAGCCAAAAAUGAACACCGUGGAGAUCCCACUGUGUCAUUUGUGAAGCAUGUUCUUGUAGAAGUUUAUGGCCAAAAAGUUCAAAUGGUGAAAAAUGAAGUAGAUCGUGUUUUGGUCAAUGAAGUCUGGACUACACUUCCAGUCACAUUAGUUGGAGGAGCAGUAACUGUCCGAUGGACUGGAAAAUAUGUCAGCCUCCAAACCGAUUUUAGGUUGACUGUCUCAUAUGAUGUAGAUACCUCUGUGGAGGUGAAACUUCCUAGCAACUUCUCUGGCCUAACAUGUGGAAUGUGUGGUAACUUUAACAGCCGUAGACCAGAUGAUUACAUGAUGCCCAAUGGUCUGCAGGCUGCAAACUCUGAACAGCUAGGCCAGAGCUGGAUGGUAGAAGAUGAUGAUCCACUUUGUAAUCCAGGGGAUCCUGAGCCCUCACCACCACCAUCCUGCACACCAGAGGCAGAUGAACUAUAUAGAAGUGAUGGAUUCUGUGGUCUUUUGUUAAGUAAAAAUGGUCCUUUCCAUUUAUGUAAUGCUGUCAUCAGUCCUGGAGGGUUUGUUGAAAGCUGCGUAUUUGACAUGUGUGCACUUAAUGGAGAUCCAGACACUCUCUGCAGUCUAUUAGCAGCAUAUGCUGAUGCUUGCCAAAAGGAAGGCAUUUCUAUAACUUGGAGAAACAGCACAUUCUGUCCUCAUCAAUGUCCCAUCAACAGUCACUUUAGCACAUGUGCCUCUGCCUGUCCUGCGACAUGUGUAGACCCAAACCCCACAGGAAACUGCAGUUUACCAUGUUCUGAAGGAUGCGAGUGUGAUGCUGGAUAUGUCGUCAGUGGUGGAACUUGUGUUCCUGAGUCACAUUGUGGCUGCUUGUAUAAUGAAAUUUACUACAAGGAAGAGGAACAAUUCGUUCACGGUAACUGUGAGAGCCAGUGUACCUGUCACGGAAACAACAAUGUGUCCUGUAUACCAUUGUCCUGCGCCGAAGAUGAAAUCUGCAAGGUGCAAGAUGGAUUACUGGGCUGCUAUAAACCAAGCACAGCAAUUUGCCACAUAUACGGAGACCCCCAUUAUACCACCUUUGACGGAACAGUGCAUCACUUCCAGGGAUCUUGCACUUAUACUGUGACAGAGACAUGUGCUAAUACAUCACACAGCUUUAAUGUCACCACACGUAAUGAGCACAGAGGUAACCCAAGCUGGACGGCCAUUAAUUCUGUUACUCUGACUGUUAAUGGGAUAAAGAUCUUCAUUGGAAAAAACAACAUUGUACUUGUUAAUGAUGUGCCUGUCACCCUUCCUGCUAAUGUGUCUGACAUAAUCAUCACACAACAUGGUCAAUAUGUUACAGUCAGCACAAACUUUGGCCUUGAACUUCAGUUUAAUGGUGAUCAUGAAUUGUUUGUGAGAGUGAAAGAGUAUUACAAGGGAGCACUAUGCGGUUUGUGUGGCUCCUACAAUGAUAACCGGUUUGAUGACUUCACAAUACCCGAUGGCAGCAUUGUAACUGAUGUCAAUGACUUUGGAAACAGCUGGAGAGUCCCAGAUGACGGAUGGCCAUGUGAUUCCACUCCUCCACCUCCACCAAUAUGUCCUCCUAAUAUCCAACAAGAGGCCGAAAAGAAGUGCUGGAUUAUUAGGCAAAAUAAUGGACCAUUCAAACCCUGCCAUGCCUUUAUCCGGCCCCACCAGUACUAUGAGAGCUGUGUGUUUGACCAGUGUGUGACAGGAGGGAAUGACGAUCUGAUAUGCAGUGUCCUACAGUCUUAUGCUGCCGCUUGUGAAUCACUGGGCGUUUUCUUAGGGGACUGGAUAAAUAAUACUAUUUGUGAUCCAAACAAACCAUCAACAACUCCCCCUGCAACAACCACUUCAUCUACGCACCCACAACCAGGCUCAACUACAAUAACAACAACAACAACCCCAUCAGCAACUCCAACAAAUACACCACCACCAACUACAACAACUGUAACAGCAACAACUCCAACAACUACACCACCACCAACUCCAACAACUGUAACAAUAAUGACUCCAACAACUACACCACCAACAACUCCAACAUCUGUAACAGCAACAACUCCAACAACUCCACCACCACCAACUCCAACAACUGUAACAAUAACUACUUCAACAACUACACCACCAACAACUCCAACAAUUGUAACAGCAGAAACUCCAACAACUACACCACCACCAACUCCAACAAUUGUAACAACUACUCCAACAACUGUAACAACAACGACUCCAAAAACUACACCACCACCAACUCCAACAAUUGUAACUACUCCAACAACUGUAACAAUAACAACUCCAAAAACUACACCACCAUUAACUCCAACAAUUGUAACAAUAACGACUCCAACAACUACACCACCACCAACUCCAACAAUUGUAACAACUACUCCAACAACUGUAACAACAAGGACUCCAACAACUACAACUACUACAAUCACCACUACUACUGCUACAACACCUGAAAGUAUAAGUAAGUUUCAUAAGUUUGAGAAAGAUUUGCUCUGA